AUGAGAAAUCGUUGGCGCCGUAAUAUGAUGCCAUAUCCUGGAAGUGGUUAUGUUCCACAUAUGGGUCCAGUUUUUGCAUGUCGUCCUGCACCAUUCGAUAUUGUUCUUUGUGAAGAAAAUUUUCAAAAAACGAGGGAAAAUGAUGAUUCUGAUCUUACUCAGGCGUUGACAAAGCGACAUCAAGAAUUGACUCCAGGUCAAAUUGAACAAAGUGCCAUUACCACUUUGGUAACAAAAGUUAAAGGUGCGAUAGAAAAAAUGACAACAACGUCUACAACGUCAUCAAUUGUAAUUGAAGAAUCUCGGGAAGUUGGGUCAUUCAAAAAAGGAACAAUGAUAGCAGGGCAUAACGUCGCUGAUAUAGUAAUUGUUCUUCGCUCUCUUCCAACCGUUGAAGCAGUAUCAACAUUAGGGCAAAGGAUCGUAGAAGAUCUGAAAGCAAACGAUAAAGAAGUCUAUGAAUAUAUACCUCGAGAUUUUGGAUGUGAAAUAAAAAGGUCUAAAGCCAUCGUCCGAUUAUUGAUAACCACUGUACCUAUGAAUGCAAAAUUACUCGAUCCAGAUCUUCAUUUGAAAGAAAGUGUUAUGAUUUCACACAUGGCAGCACUUCGUCAUGCACUUUGGUUCGAAGAAAAUGCAAAAAAUUCUACCAUAAAAGUCGUUAUUCGUUUAAUUAAAGAUAUUCGCAACCGUUUCGAACAAUUUGCUGCAUUAAAUGUAUGGAUUAUUGAACUCGUUUCACAUUAUGCAGUAUUGAAUACUCCAUCGGAUCAACCAUUAUCCACCAGUCAAGCUUUUUGCCGCUUUUUCCAGUUGCUGGCUGCUGGACUACUUUUGCCUACAUCACCCGCUCUUCUCGAUCCUUGUGAGCCGGAUCGACGAAUUCAUCAAUGUUUAACAUAUGAAGAGAUGGAUCAGAUAUGUAGCGUUUCUCAAACAUUGCUGCGGAUCAUAUGUCAUGGUGGAUACAAACAUGUACUUGGACUGGAAACAUCAAAAGGAGGUCUUGUAACUGAAACCACUUUUUGGGGUGACGUUGUUGUAACACCUCUUGAGGCAGCCUAUACCGACAAAGUCAUGGAUCCACUCUUUGCUGAAGAAGUUAAUUCUCAAAAGGAAAAAAGUGUUGGGAUGGAUUUGUAA